AUGUAUGGUUGGCUGCUUGAAAGUGUCCAGCAUUUUAUUGUGCAAGAAUGUGGGGAAGAAAUAUGGGAAACGAUACUUCGCGAGUCUGGAGCCAGAAAUACUGUAUUCGGCGCUACCCAGCAAUAUCCAGACGCUCUUAUGCUAAGAAUAGCGUGCGCCUUGGCUCGACUUGUAAACUUGGAUCCCAAUAGUCCAACUACAUCAACACCAGCCAGUCCAACACCUAGGAAAACAUCUUUGAAAUCCAAACAAAGCUGGCGAAGCCUGUCUGUCGACGCAGAUAACAGGAACCAAACCUUCAAAUGCCCUUUCACCGCUAACAAUGCAUUGGCGGCUGCAACUAAAAAAGAAAUAGCUUCGUAUAAUCCAGCUGAAGAAAUAACAGUGCCUAUCAAAAGACCCAUUUCUACAGAAAGGAUCAACGAGGGGGAAGAACUAAAAGUAACAAAUAUCAAAAAUAUAUACAGAAGAAGUCUGGCUAUAAAUCUAGAACGUAACACAUUCAAAGAAGCUCCAGAGAAAAUUCUAGAAGUCGACGAUGACACAGAUGUCAAAUGCACCCCGGAAUCCAUGCCUACAUCUCCAAAAUCUGACAACUUUAAUAUGGGUCCUGACAAAAAACAGAUGGCUAGAAGGACUAGUUGUACCGUAGCUUUAGAUGUAUACAGAAGAAGAGGUUCUGGUUUAGGAUCCAGGCCACGCUUGAACAGUCUUAAUCUUAUCCAUGCAGAAAAAUUAAAUUCUAAUCGGGAGAGAUUUGGAACGCCUGAGAAAGUUAUGCAUUUCUUUGGCAGAUGCUUUGUAAAAUUCUUCAGUAAUUAUGGGUACGACACAAUGAUCCGCGCCACUGGACGCUACUUCUGCACGUUUCUGCAAUCCGUGGAUAGCAUUCAUCAACGCAUGCGCUUCACAUUCCCACGCAUGCGAUCUCCCAGCAUGCAACUUACACGCGCUCAUAGACUGGGCGCAGAACUAGUUUACAGCAGUGGUAGAACCGGUUUUACCCAUUAUUUGAUGGGACAACUGUACGAAAUAGCGGAAGACAUUUUCUCACUUAAACUCAAAGUGACCAUCGUAAACGAGAGCAUGGAAGGAAACUACUACGUGGCGGUUUUACGUCUCGAAUUUGACAACAAUGAUUAUGUUCAAUCUCUCAUGAUGCGCAAAACCUUGCCAUGUUUGCUGCCAUCAGUUCCAGCGUCAUUACUGCUACAACUCUUUCCAUUUGGUGUGCUACUAAAUCGGAAGAUGAAAAUACUGUUAGCGGGAGAAAAGCUCGCAGCAGCGUGGGGAGGACCAGGACAUAGAUUGGUGCAAUCGUCCGUUUCUGAAAUACUUCGUUUGAGGAAACCAAAAAUAUCUUUUACGUGGGACAAGGUCGUUUGCAAGCAGACGAUGCUAUUUGAACUAGAGCUGGUGCGAUGGAAGGCCCGAUGUGUAAACGACGCGCGUCGCGGUUCACAAGGAGCUCGCUCGAUCCUGCUCAAAGGACCAAUCUACUUGUUGGAAGAGAUCGACGCUCUAAUCUUCCUUUGCAGUCCCAUAUUCAACGAUUUAGAUGAAUUAAGACAAGCGGGUUUAUACCUGGCUGACCUGAACGGCCACGGACUAUCCAAGGAAAUGCUACUCCACGGUUGGCAGCAUCUUUCGCGAUUAGAGCUAAUGUUUGAAAAAGCAGAAAGCAGGAGCUUAUCUCUCGAGAAAUCAUGUCGGUUGUUGGACCAGUGGAAGAAGAGAAGCGAUCAACUCCUCUAUUCCAUGAUACCAAAAGCAAUCGCCGACCAUUUAAGAGCUGGAAAGGAUCCGAUGGCUGCUUGUCAGGCGUUCGAGUCGGUGACAAUAAUGUUCUGCGGCGUGCAGCUGUCGGAGGCGGGCACGCGCGCCGGCGUCACGCACACCGUAGCCUGCAUGAACGACGUCUACUCCAAGAUCGACAGGCUCCUCGACACGCAUCGAGUGUAUAAGGUGGAGACGGUGGGCACGGUGUACAUGCUGGUAUCGGGCGCGCCGGAGCGACGCCGUGGACACGCCGCCGCCGCCGCCAGCGCCGCGCUGGCCGUCGCGCGCGCCCUGCCCAAGCUUACCAUAGGUGUGCACACUGGACCGUGCGUGGCUGGAGUUCUAGGCCGCCGCUUGCCGCGCUACUGUCUCGUUGGAGAUACAGUGAACACUGCCAGUCGGAUGCAAACAACUUCCGAGCCUGGGCGUAUUCAAAUUUCCGCUCAGACAGCAGCGGAACUUCCCGCUGGCAGAUUCAGACUUAGACGAAGAGGACUUAUCAAAGUUAAGGGCAAAGGCAUGAUGGAAACGUUCUGGUUAGAAGGCGAAGUGGAAGAAGAAGAACAAGAUGAAGCACUAUUGCUAUUCUCAAUGCUCUGCGGAGAUGAUUAA